ACAAAAAAGAUCCUCAGCAACAAGCACGUGACAUCUCGUUUCGACAACUUUUAUUCGUCUACAGUUUGGCAUGGAUUGCGGAUUCACUCAUCUUCUGGGCAUUCAGCGAACGCCUCAUGGCGCGAUCCCGCUUUGGAGGUGCGUGUUACAGCGGGCAGCGAGAAAGGUGACAUUGUUGUCUAGUGAGAUAGGGGUUGUGUGUACUGUGCUUUCCCAGUUUCUUCGAGCCUUCCCUCAGUGGUCCCUUUACUGUGCAUGUUUGAAGUGUUAGCGUGGUGAUGUGCGGUAUUCAGCUGGCAGUGAACAAAUUUUGGCCACAGAUGCGUACAUGUAGCAAGGUACAUACACCGCGUGGUCAACACACUCGUCCGUCGGUGCGAGUGACUCCUCACGAACAAGAAUCGUUGAUGACCGUUUUUUUUUUCGGGAAGAGCAGCACUGGCCUUUGUUCCCGAUUUGUCCUGGUUCCUCGCUCGUGCAUGACAAUUUCUGAGAAAUCGCGAACGUUGUCCUGUUUGCCGCGGACGCACUCCCAUUUCAAACCGGUUCACUGUUGUCUGAACGAGGGAAAGUACGUCCAGUCCUGCACUUCCUGGGUACUUUCACGACUCGUGAAAAACCCAGACAGACAUGUGUAAGACCGGCAACCACGUGCCUUCUGCCCUGAAAUCUGUGUCGUUUCCCGCGGUAAUUUUUUUGUCCGCCUGGCCGCCUCUCUGCCCACAGAGACCAGGCACACCAUGCCGGACUCCAGGGAAGAAGCCCUGCAGCGGGCGCAGGUGCAUGAGGAGUUGCUGCUGAACCUUGCCCGACACCACCCAGACAUAGAGAGUCUCUUGCAGACCUUCUUCGACUUUCUCGAGCGACGAACAGACUUCUUCCAUGUUAUCGAGUCGUCGGGAGCUUCUGCCGGACUCGAAUCCCCAAACAUGGGAUUUCGGGAGGGCCGUGCGGAGGCCAUGGUUCGCCAAGCGUUUUCGAAGGCGCAGAUGGCCUACAGGCGACGGGCUCAGCCCCACCUUCUGGCCCAAGUCGGAGCGGUGCCCUCUUCACGUGGAGAAACGCCAGCUUCCGCGAAGACUCAGGCGGUGCCAUGCACGGGUGCGGAGAAGCGCGGCAAGUCAGAAAACGUGGUGGCUCGAGGUGCGCUGACCACCGCGGGCGUCUCCGCGGCGUCAGACCCUAAAGAGGGACACGUAGGGAAGCCGGAGAAAACGCAAGAGAGCCGACAAAUGGCGGAGUCUCGACCGGAGACGGAAGCGACCGAGGCGCAGAGAUCGAAGGAGUUCAGGAAUACCGGAGUGACUUCUUCUCAAGGUACAGCAGGCAAGGAGCUGACGACUUGGAAUGGAGGUGUGUGCGAGAACUACCGCUGGACACAGUCCUUCACUGACCUCACGCUCCAGUUCCGUCUCGACAAGAACAAAUACAGAGGGAAGAAGGACGUGUCUGUCUCGAUCACUCCGACCGCACUAAAGGUUGUCGUAGCAGGUGACGUCCUCUUGGAGGGCGAGUGGGAGGAUCACGUGAACGCGGCCGAAUCUCUUUGGCAAGUGGAAGACGGCCCGUAUCUACUUCUCUCAAUUGAGAAGGCGCGAGAAAAUUGGUGGGCCUCUGUCCUCAAAGGCGAGAAAAAAAUCGACACGACAAAGAUUGAGUCGGUCAAGCGUGUGGAGGACUUUGACGCCGCAACCCAGGCCCAUAUUCGGAAAAUGAUGUUCGACCAACAGCAGAAGUUGCGGGGAGAGAAAACCUCAGACGAACUGGAGAAGGAGGAACUUCUGAGGAAGGCUUGGGAUGCCGAGGGCUCUCCGUUUGCAGGCACCCCUUUCAACCCAUCCCUCGUUAAUUUUCAGAGCAGUCUACCAUCGGGGUUCAUGGGUGGUGGGCCUUGAAAUGGACCACAGGGAUUUGCGAAUCCAAUUUCUAGAAGCAUCUACAGAAACGAUGCCUUAAUUUUUCGUUUUCCCUGAGCUCGGUGCUGUGUCAAUCUCUCUAUUCUCUCGCGUAGCCAUGUCUUUGCCAGCCAGCAGCCUCAUCGAGGCAAACACAAAUAUUGUGCCGCUGAUUCAGCGUUACGCCGCUCAAGGAGAAACCGCACACUUCAAGAGAGCUCCGCACUCGGGUGUUUCCACUGCGUCAGGUGCCAGUAUAUAUCUAUGAAAUUCACUGGGUGCGCAUCUCGUGCGUGAGUUUGGUUUGCCACCUGUUUGCUUUUCCGAGUUCCUCUGUAGGUGAAUGCUACUUCUGGAAUUUACAUUCUAUGUGUCAUCAUUUUCUAACACAAGGCCUCAAUGAAAUUGGGGAAUCGAAUCUCGAAGACAAAGAUCGGCCCGGAUGACUUGUCCAUUUGCCGGGCGGACUGACGCAUCUGCAUCUUUAUGGUAUUUGCACCCGUUCCCACCUCACGCAGAGGAAACAUUGGACUGAUAUUCACCGACACUUUUAGCUCUCCAGAACGCAGUGAGCGGUUGAACACGAUGGGAAGCUGAUUCCGUGGAAAAGGGUUACUGCGGGUUGGCUUCGAGCCACUGAAUGACGCAGGUUUGUGUUAUUCGUGACCCGAUUUCCUCAUGUGAGCAGCGUAAACACUUUAUGAAACGGACAGACACGUCGUUUUAAUACUAAUCAGUAAAAAACAAAGCGUUGUUUUCCCGUGUGUCUGACCGCACGCGAAUCACUGCUAUGCGAACCGCAUCUUGAUUCGGGGCGCGUGCCCGCUGUCCGCGAUAAGCCGUCGUAUUGCAUGGUACAUUGCCAUGUAUUGUAACACUUUGUUGAAAACUGAACCAAACAGAGCUUGCGUAUCAUCAUAAUUUAUGUGGGGGGUGUGCAGAGUUAACACAGGAAUUUGUGGCACGCGUUUUGUUCCAGUGGUUAUGAUCGUAACAGCCGCUACAACAACCGCCCUGCGAGCUGUUUCCGGUGGAAAGCGAGUCACGUGAGUGCUUGUUCACACCAAAAACCUUUCUAGAGGAGCUGUUUAAAAUGCCGUGCACAGAAAACUUCCACCGAAGAGUCAGUCUUUUACAAGGCUGCGAACUCCAGUUAGUACGGGUUCAUUUGGAGUCCCGCUCCCAGGUUCUGCAGCUGGUGAAACUUGUGGCAAUCAAAUGAG